CAGAAAAGUAGAAAAGAGGGCUAAAGUUAGCAACACUUCAAGCUUGUGUUUAUCCUAGUCGGUUAAAACAUCAAAAAUGUUGAAAGGGUUGGUGAGGGAGCGACUCAUGGCGGCAGCCGACGAAAUAUUCGCGCUGUUUGAAAGAACGAUUGCGUCCUACGAAGAGGAACUUUGUCGAGCCGGAGAGGAGAACGAGCGACAUCGACAAAUGGGAGCUGUUAGCAAGACUCGUACUUUGUUAUACAUUGAAGACGUCCAGCAGCUGAUUGGUCACCAAGAAGAACGUCCCCCUCAGCCGCAGGAGGGGAGCUCUGCUUUGAAGCAUGAGGAACCGCUGCCCCCCAGCGUGAAAGAGGAAGAGGAUCCCCACCCCCCCCACGUCAAAGAGGAAGAGGAGGAACUCUGGUGUCUUUUUGGGCCCGAGGAGGCUGACCUCAUCAAGUUGCCCUUGACUGGUGUCUCUGUGAAGACUGAAGACCGUGAAGACAGACCACCUGAGGAGAACAGAGGGGUGGAGCCUCCAAGCAGCAGCUCGCCACAGCGCACGACAACAGAAGCCGGCGGAGGAUCACAAGCAGGCAGCCUCUUAUCUUCGCAAUCGGAUGGCGACGACACGACGUCACGCUCUCCAGAGGCAGAAGACGGGGGCGACACCCGAGAAGUUUUAAUUUGCGACACGGACAGCGAAGGUGACACGAGGACUCACACUGACAGCAGAGACUCUGAAAAGAAGACGGACGUCCAUAAGCUGAUUGGUGGUCAAGAGGAGCGUCCAGCUCAGCAGCAGCAGUCUUUAACGUGGGGGGGGUGGGGAUCCUCCUGUUCCAGAGUGGAGCUCGCCCAGCCUCUCCACGUCAAAGGCGAAGAGGAUCCCCAGCCCCCCCGCGUUAAAGACGAAGAGGAGGAACUCUGGAUCACUCAGCAGGGAGAGUGUCUUCUCGCGCCGGAGGAGGCAGACCUCAGCAAGUUGCCGCUGACUGUCGUCUCUGUGAAGACUGAAGAGGACGUAGAUGAGCCACAAGACGACUUCUCAGCCCCGCUGUCGGAUAACGACGACACAACGUCUCGCAUCCCCGGGGCCGAAGGCAGAGACGACGCCCAAGAACCGCUGAGCAGCGAUACGGACUGCGAAGUUGACACAAGGACUCACACUGCCCACAGACGCUCUGAAGGCCCUGAGAAGAAGAAAAAAUGUCUGACCUGUCCAGUUUGUGCAAAAAGCUUUUCUGAUAAGAGAUAUUUUCCUCUGCACAUGAGAACGCACACUGGAGAAAAACCCUUUAGUUGUUCAAUUUGUGACAAAAGAUUCUCUCAAAACUCACACAUGCUGUCACACAUGAGAACGCACACGGGGGAAAAACCCUUCAGCUGCUCAGUUUGUGGCGAACGAUUCUCGAAAAAGUCAAAUAUCGUCAAACACAUGAGAACGCACACAGGAGAAAAACCCUUUAGCUGCUCAGUGUGCGGCGCAAGCUUCGCUCAGAGGUUCACCUUGAAGAGACACAUGACGACGCACACGCGGGAAAAACCCUUCAGUUGUUCCGUUUGUGGCGAAGGUUUUGCCGUGCAAAUGUCCUUGAUUAGACACCAGAGGACACACACGGGAGAGAAACCUUUUAGCUGUCCAGUUUGCGACAAAAGGUUCUCUCAUAAGUCCAACAUGACGGCACAUAUGAGAACACACACGGGAGAAAAAGCCUUCAGUUGCUCCGUUUGUGGUAAAAGCUAUUCUUACAAGACGAGUUUGACGAUACACAUGCGGACGCACAGCGGGGAAUAAACGUUUUCCUGUCCAUAGCAGUGUAACAUCACACACGAGAAGUCGCCUAGAAUACAAUGAGCUGCGGUGAGACCCUCAUGAGUUCCAAGUUGGUGUGUCCCCUUGGCACGCUUGCUUUCUAUCGGCGCAGUAGUCAUUGCCGAUGUACGUUUUUUUAACACUUUCAGAGAUAUAUUUGAAGCAUUCAUGUUUUUUUCUAAGCGUGUGUGAUGUUCUGAUAUCAUUCUGGUCGGCAAGGCAGCUGUGUUUAUUUGGUAAAUAGGAUCUUACACUGUUUAAUUCAUUCGCACUUCUUAAAUCCAAUUAUAUUGGCUGCCAUUGUUCAUAUCAAUAUUCAGUUGAUUUGCAUAUAAGAUGGAGACACAGAGUUCAUCAAACUAAAGUGAUCCACUCAGAGUGACCGAUAAUUCCAUGUACUUAUUACUCAACACUCCCUUCUCUUGAACACAUUAUUAUGGGACUCCAUAAACAUUACAUGCACACGCGUCGUGGCCAGUUAUGCAAAUUACAGGAUGAUGCUAUUAAUAGCACUAUAAAAUGUGUUUGUG